UCCGAGAACAGCGACGAGUCUCGUCUCGAUCCAGUUAGCCAAGUGGAACGAGAACAGCUCGAGACUUUUUUUCGAGGAUUAAAAUCACAGGUAUUCGUCUGUGAGUCACUGGCGAAUCUGUAUCUCGGGAGCGCCUCUCAAACAGAGAGGUGGGAGCUCCGUUUCACCGGAAUUCCCGUGGUGGUUCUUGAUCUUGGGGAGACACGAUCAAGAUCCAAGAGACGAAUCCAAAUUUUAUUGGCAGAACGCGGUACUUGCUUCACUCUCUGGCGUGAAACUAUCGACAACCUCUCAUCGUACAAGGUAUCGGGACCAGCUUUUCACACGAUGUGUCUCUCGUCAGAUCACACUCGCCUAGCUGGACUCAGCUUCGACAACUCAAAAGCGGCGAAUGAUCUAUGGCAGCACAUAGAGCGCCUCGUGUCCUGCCCGGAAAAUAUCAGCCUAUCGGCUCCGGGUAAGAAGAAAAAGAAACCAGUGCAGAAGAAGGUAGUGCUACCGGCCAAGAGCAACAUCAGUCAACCGUGCCAGUUCCAGCAUGUGACCAGCGUGGACGCGGCCGAUCGUUCGCGUUACUUCUCGCUGCAGACGCUGGUACCAGCGCUGAGCGAGUUGGAGAGCUCGCUGGAGGCAAACUUCUGAGAAAAGCCUGAAGCCUCCAAGCUCUCAUAGGGUCGACGCAGCGCGACGCCUGACUCCCGCCUUCUUCUUCGGAAGUGAUCACACCGAGGAAGAAGGAUCCGGUUAAUGUCGCGUGCGAGAGAACCGAUGAAAUCCAAGAAACUCGCGCACAGGCGUCUCGGAUUGCGAACUUUGAGAGCUGUCGAAUAAAGGAAGGCGACACCGCGGAUUCCAUUGGAAUUUCUUUUAUCUUCUUGCUCUUCCUCCGAACUAGUUGUAGAAGGUCUAAGACCUAAGACGGGGAGGAGAUAUAUCGACGAAGCUUUAACGACAAAAAGAGAAGGCGGAUACUCUUUUCUCGAAGAGCCCUCGCGGCUCUUGUAGUUUUACUUGGAUUCAUCUUUAACUUCUCUCGUGUCUCUCCCGAUAUAAUCAGCCAACUAUAGUUAGUAAGAAUUAAGUAAGACGCUGAAUUUCGAUUCCGCAUUAUCUCUUGUUCUCGGCGGAUCAAUUUUCCGAUAUGAGGAUUCAAAAAACCAAACUCGAAGAACUUUGAAGAGACAAAGUGCGGCAGGAGGAAGGAGAUUUGUGUCUUCUCCGAAAUAGACUAAUCCGUUAAUGUCACGCGCGCAAACUACGAGAUUGUCCGCAGACUGAGGCGGAACAUUCAUCAAUCCUUCUAAGUACUCUUGAAAGUGACUACGAUUGAUGUUCGCGACUGCGAAUCCUGACUGCAGCCCCGAGCGAAACAGAAAGUAUCCUCGAGGCUUUCUAGUGAGAGACUCUCCAAUCUCAUCCCACUCUCUUUGUCUUCGAAGAGUCCUUCGAGUUGUAACUAUCGAUGUCGUGAGAUUUAUUGUAGACUCAAAGAAAGUCUUCUCUAUCGAACGUU